UGUACUAUAAUAAUCCUACAAGUUUCCACCGUUGGAGAGUGGGGGAGUUGCCUGUUGAUAGGUUAAAUGUCAUCUUGUUGGUUUCAUUCUAUUUCCUCUUGUUUGAGGGUUACACACAGUUCUUCCAACGAUAUACUACAGUGUUACUGCUGUUAUGUUCUUCUACAUGAAAGUCCUCUCAACUCUCCUGUGUUUGCUUUUACUUCACCAAAAUGCAAGCGCUAAAGAUUGCCCUGCAGGUAAGAGGCUUGAUUACAUAACACAGUAUUGUGUGGCCUGUCAAGAAAAUCGGUACAACCCCAAAAGUGGACCAAAUGUUCACUGUAAACUAUGCAGUGAAUGUGGAAACGGUAGUAAGGUAGUCGUAAAAUGCACACCUACAACAGAUAUUCGCUGCCAAUGUAAGGAAGGUUUUACACCCAUUAAUCAGAAAAAAGAGAAUUGCGUAUGUAAAAAAGGUUCUGAAGUGGAUAAAAGAGGAGAGACUUGCAGUGAAUGUCGCAAAGGCUACUUCUCAGACAAAGAUGACUCAACUUGUCAAAAAUGGAGAGAAUGCAAAAGUGGGAUUGAGAUCCUAGGCACCAGCACUUCUGAUGCUGUAUGCAAAAAUCCAUCAGAAGAGGUGACAGAAGCUCCCAAAGUGUAUGCAACCUCACUGAAGACAACCUCACUGAAGACAACAACCAUCUCUUCUGCAGCCCCUUCAAGAACUACGGCCUCCUCUCCAACCAAAGACCGCUUCUACAGCUUAUGGCUGGUCAUGCUAUGCGCUGGCAUUCUUCUUCUGUCUGGACUCCUGUACCACAAGUGUAAAGUCACCUACUGCAUUCAUAACCGCAAGAAAGUGGAUUCUCGAAAAGACAGCGUAUGCAGAAAGCCUGUUGAAGAAUCUGGGGAGAAGUGCCUGUCCUUGCUUGUCUAACGCAAAUUUCAGUGGUUUCAAUGUUUCUUUUUGUGAAAUAUUUAAAUGCAAGUAAUAGUAGUUGUUAUAUAACUAGUUUAUUGUUAAUUGUUGUUAAUUGCUGUUAACUGUUAUCGACUACAUUAAACUUCUACUUAAGGUAAUAGGCUACUUUAUUUGGUAACACUUUAUUUUAAGGUGACAUAGUUACUGUACAUGUUACUAGCCUAUUUACUAUAGUCAUAACAGUAAAUUAUGCGUAAUUACAAGUACCUAACGCUGACCGUAACU